CAGUUCCUGCGCCCGGGCAGCUUCGCCGGCACCAGCUCGGAGUGAGUGGCCGCCGUCCCGCCUUCUGCUGAGGAGGACGCUCCCCUCCUCCUCCUCCUCCGCGGCAGCAGGGAUGAAAGCGGACUCCCCUUGAGGCGCCGGCCGCCUCCUCCUCCUCCUGGCGAUGCGCGCGCCCUUCCCCGGCAGGUAGGGCAGGUGAGCGAGCGGCGGUGGCGCGUUGCCCUCUCCGCGGGCAUCAGGUGUCGCUUUGCGCCCGGGCGCGAGGAGGUCUCUCUCUCUCUCGGCGUCCCUGGUGGUGUCGUGUUCAGCCGGCGGCGUCCGUCAGCGCUUGGGGCCGCCUCAACGAGUAAGUCGCCCGGAGAGGCUGGUUCACGGAUGGGGGGAGCGCAUGGAAGGGAGAGGCGCGGGAGGCUCAGGCGCCCCAAUGCGCUGCUUCUCUCGCCGUCCCUCCAAAGGUCAGUCCGGGCGCUCCUGCUUUCUCUCCGAGGCAAGGAAAGGCUCUCCUCCUGGUUGAAGAUCCCGCGGAGGUCAUAUAACCGGGGUGGGGGCAGGGAGGAGAGGCAGACCUUCCCCGCUUCGUUUUGUGGCCCUUCUUCAAAGAUGCUGGAUUUUGGAGCUGAGCAUCAGACAGGCAGGUGGACGCGCACAAGGAUUUUUAAAUGAAUCUCUUUCCCAUGAUCAGUUGGUAUAUGGAAAUGGAUGCUUUCGUUGAUAUUCCUGCAUUGCAGGGGGUUGGACUAGAUGACCCUUGGGGUCCCUUCCAAUUCUAUGAUUCUAUGAAAUGGAAGGUGCUUACUAGGAUGCCCCCAGGGAUCCUUGCUUCUCUUCUCCAGUGCUUCGGAGGGAACUUAUUGACAGAGGGAAAGGCACUUUGUGCAUGUUCAGAGGCAUAGCCUGCUUGGUCAGAUUUUCAGGGUUGAGGGGUGGCACUGGAAAUAGAUGGGACUGCAACCUUUAACUGGUUAAUAUAUUGGAUUCAGCGUCUUGCAAUUGACUAAAAGGAGACCCCUAUUAAAUGGACAAUUAAAAAUGAAAGUUAAGUAUCAAUUUGUUUUAUUCAUGGAUUUUGGAUAAUUUAUACCCAGGCUUUUUUCCUUUGUUUCAAAACUAUUCUUUAGUCAUGUAAGCUUAUGCAGAUUUAAUCACAUAUCUGAUUAAAACCAAUUUGAUUCAUUCGUACAAUGACUUAUACUUGAAAGUUUGUCUGCAAUCCUGAUGACACUUACCUGGGAAUAUGCCCCAUUGAUUUCCUUGCUUCCUUCCUAAGAGAGGCUGGGAUGGUGAAGAUGAAGUCAACAGAAACAUGCUUGUUGUCUCCACCUACAAUCUCUAUAUCAGUAGAUGUGGGACUUUGAUAUGGGUAUAUCCAGUAACCUUGCAGAAAUGUGAGUAAUCACUCCAAAUGCCUGAUGAUUUUACCCAUGUGGCCAUGACAAAGUUUCUCAUUCAAACGGUAACACAAAAUGUGGAAACUUUGGACAUGAAAAUGUUCCUGAUCAGCACAUUUGGCAAUUUUAAUUGCAGUCAUUUAUGGAUACAUUAGGGACGCUGUGUGAUGCUCCUGUUAGCUAGCAAUUUUUUGCAUGUAUCCGUGCUGCGUAUCUUGUCAUGCUAUCAGCCGUGAAAAUGAACAGAACAUCAAUUCCUGUGUAAAUGUGUGCCACUCUUGCAAUGCCCUUGUUUCCAUCAAUUGGUGUGUGAGGGAGACAAGAGAGUUGACAUAGGUUGGCACUUAUCAGCUGCAUAGCCAGCCUUGUGGGUUUUUUCAAGCCCAGGUUGCAUGCAUGUUAACAUAUUUUUAAAGAGCUAAAUUAGGCACUUCUAUCUAGUGCAGAAAUUUGCUGCAUUUGUCUGUAGUUACGGACCCUGGUUUGGCAAAAAGUGAAUCGAAGUCACUACUUUGUAGAUUAGCAACUGCUUUCUCACAUGUGCAGAAUUUUCUUCCAAAAAUUGAGCUGUUCUUGUUUUCUAUAAUGGCAAUUACAAUAACCCUAUACAUGUCUACUCAGAAGUAUGUCCUGUUGGGUUUAAUGGAACAUACUCUCUCAGGUAAAUGUGUAUAGAAUUGCAGCCUAAAUGACCCAAAGAGAUCAGGUCAGCGUUUUGUGAUGUUUUUCACAACUUGAUUAUACGUAUGUUUACUUGAAAGUUAAGGCCCCUAGUGGGAUUACUUCCCUGCUGAAAGCCGUCAUCCAAUGUGCAUUUCCUUUGGGAAAAGCACCAUCAGAUUUACUUCUAAGCAUACGUUCGGAUUGAACUAUACCUGUUCUUAAACGAAUGCACUGCACACUGCUUGUAGGCUCUUGGCAUAUUUUGGUCACUGCUGCAGGUAAAACGCUAAAUAAUUCACAUACCAUUUGCAAGAGAUAGGGGCAGGAGAACUAGAAGCAAUGUCAUCGGUCAAGCUGUAAGCACUUCUACGACAUUUGUGUAACAAGUAGAGCAAAGGGGAUGUUCUCCAUUGGCCAGAUGUACUCUACUUUCUGGAGACCUCAAAUCUAAAGCAGGACCAAAGAGCUGCACAGUUGCAACCAAGACUUCCAAGGAGCUUCCUUCCCUUUACUGCAGUGUUGGGGAACCUGUGCCCAUCCAGAAAUUGCUGGACAGAAACUUCCUUCAUCCCUGACUACAGGCCACCCUAGCCUUAACAAUAUCCAGAAGGCACCAGGCUCCCUGCUUGACAGCCUCAUUGCUGGUCACAGAAAUAAGUUAGUAAUUUAAAACUCAGGGGUAAAGAGAGACUUUCCCUUUAGUUCCUCACUUUUAAAGAAUCUGCAUUCUGCAAAUAAUUAUCUUGAUACCGAUUUGUAUUUAGUGAAAGCGAGGUUUCCCAAACUUGGGUCUACAGUUGUUUUUUGACUACAGUUCCCAUCAUCCCCGACCACUGUUCCUGCUAGCUAGGGAUGAUGGUAUUUGUAGUCCAAAAACAGCUGGAGACCCACGUUUGGGAAACCCCGAGUGAAAGGAUGGAGAACCUGAGGCUUUCCAGAUGUUGCUGGACUACAACUCCUAGCAUCCCGUGAUGAUUGUCUAUGCUGGCUGAAGUUGAUGGAAACUGGAGCACAACAAAUACCUGGAGAACCACAGGAUUGCUGAUUUAGUCAAUCCGUAUCUUGGAAUUGUAUGUGGGUAAGAAAUAAAGAACCCUCUGAUCUGAUGACCCGUAUUACAAGAAAUACAGAUACGUUCCAAUUAAGAAUUUAUAUGCAAGGGUGUGUUUUUUGCAUAGCUUUUAAUUUUUUUAAACCCACUUUAAGAAAUCUGUCUUCUGUUGUAUCCAAACUCUAGUAGGAAAACCAGAAAAAAAUCAAGAUGUGGAAAUACUGCGUUUAUGGAAAAUGUUUCUGUUGCUCAUCUCUAAAAAUAGUGCUGUGAGUGAAGCAUGGGAACUGUGUGUGAAUUAGUUUUUCUGUACUCUUAACUAAGUCAUCCUUCCCUGCUGUGCUUAGUUGAUGACCUAAUAAGCCUGAUCAUAUGGGUUGGCUGGUCCUUGGGAUGAGUGUAUAUAUCUGGUUUCUGUUUUACACUGUACACAUCUGAGCUGUGCCACUCCUAAGGGCAGUGGUUCUCAAAGUAGUUCUUUCUUCUCUGGGGCACAGUUUCAGAACAAAAAUUUGCUCGUUCCACACCAAAUCUUUCUAUUGAUAAGAAAUACUUUGGAAAACAAAAAGAAACCAACUCCUGGCAGUGCUUGAUGUAUAACAUAGAACACAACUACUUUAUAAUAUGAUCAUGGGACAUCCAGAAAGUAUAAAAACAAUGCAGCUACAUAAGAACAUGGGACCAUUCCCAAAAUAUAAUUAUAAACGAGCCUCUUACAUAUGUACCUUAUGUACGUAUUCAAACUGAAUGAGAGAGGCAUGAGCUUGCUUUUGCUGGGUAAUCUCAUUUAUAUUAGGUCUAAUUUGAGACAGACAAACUCUCAUCUCCUCAUCAACACAAAGAAGGCUUUCUCUCUUCUGAUCUUUCAUAUUUGUCAAGAGUUGAAAAUCCCUGUUCACAACACCAUGUUGUGGAGAACUGCAGCAGAAUAGCUAAUGCAUUCUCUCCAGCACUCUCCAGCACAACACGGCAGUUCAGGGUCAAAACGAGAAUUAUCCUCAAUAUCAUUUGAUGUUCUCGUUCUCAUUUUGAAAAUGUAUCUGUCCAGAUUCUGCAAAUUAAAAAAUAAAAUAAAAUUCUGAAACUAUGCUACACCAAAAUGUUUAAAAGUUUCUUUGAUGGUCCUUGAAUCUUCCUGCCACACCAUCCUCUCCUGCUGCACCAGUGUGUGGCAUGCCACACCCUUUGAGAACCACUGCCUCAGGUGGUUGGGCCAGAUGACCCUCAAAGGUCCCUCCCAACUCUAAAACGCUAUGAUUGUAUGAUUCCUUCAUGGAGACGACAGUCCAGCUCAUAUAGUAGAGAUGCGCCUAACCACAAGUAUAAUAUUUUCUGUUAGUAAUUCUGAGCUUGCUAAUGUCUCUUUGGUUUAAUCACUGGGUUGCACAUUCCAGCAAUGGAAAACCCUGAAGUGGUGGUUGUAAGCAGCUGCAGUUCCCAUGAUGAUGAAAACGUUUACAGCUACAAGAGUCGCCCCUCAAUGUGUCAGGAGUUGCUUCUGGAAGAUCAGCUGAGAAGGAAACUUAAAUUUUUCUUCAUGAACCCCUGUGAAAAAUUCUGGGCCCGGGGGAGGAAGCCUUGGAAACUUGGGAUACAACUUCUGAAAAUUGCCAUGGUUACUAUCCAGGUGAGAGACAAUGGGAAAGCUGCAAGUUGCCUUUUAGAAAUCCCCAAAACCAUCUUAUGUUGCUUGGACGUGACUACAAGAGGCUAUUGAUACUGAAUUGAGAUACCCAUUUGAGAAAUACAUUUCCGGAACCACAGUCAUCCCUCUUGUUACGUUCGGUUCAGGUUACGUCUUUUCAGGUUGCGUCCUGCGGCGACCCGGAAGUACCGGAAAGGGUUACUUCCGUGUUUCGCCACUUGCGCAUGCGCAGACGCGCAAAAUGACAUCAUGUGCAGAAGCGGCGAAUCACGACCCAUGCAUGCACAGAUGUGGGUUGCGUUCCUUUCAGGUUGCGAACAGGGUUCCGGAAUGGCUCCAGUUCACAACCGGAGGUACCACUGUACUUUUAAUACUGAUGGAAAAUGUCAAUACUUGAAAUAAAAGGGAAAUGGCUUCAGUGUUUCAAAUUAUGGAAGUUUGGGAGAAAAAUAAUCUCCUCUGAUAUUGGAGGACCAAUAAACACCCAGCUAUGCCACUAAGCAAAGUGAGAGGUGGGAGCUACCCCCGGUUGUUCUUUCGGAGCCCUCUUGAUCAGGGUUUCCCAAACUUGGGUCUCCAGCUGCUUUUGGACUACAAUGCCCAUCAUCCCUAGCUAGCAGGACCAGUGGUCAGUGAUGAUGGGAAGUGUAGUCCAAAAGCAGAUGGAGACCCAAGUUUGAGAAACCAUGAUCUAGACACUUCCUUUUGUUGUCACAUGCCCUGCCCUGGGCCUCCUAAUCUAUCUUGUUGCGUCAAGCAUGGUGGACAGUAUACAACUAUACACCAUACAUUCCCCCCUCACAGAAUCCUAGGGAUUGUAUCUUCAGAGAGAUUCCCAGCACCCUCAACAAACUGCAGUUCUCAGGACUCUUUGGGGGAAGCCAUGUGCUUUAAAAUAUAUGGCGUUUACGUAGGCUGUAUUGUCACCAAUGGUUAUUUUUUUGGUUUCAAAAUUGACCCCUCCACAACAGUGUUGGGAGCAGAAUCCAACCUCCAGGCCAGUCAGUUUCUGCACAUGGAGAGGGGAGGGGGUGUCAUACUGUCCUUUGUCUCAGGCUGCAAAGCACCUCUGGCUGACAUAUAUUUAGAGUCAGUUUUAUAGCCAUUGCACUGUCUUCACCUUUGCAGAUCCCAGAUAAUAAGCUCUAAGUGCAAAUAGAGAGUGAGAGAUGUGAAGGUUAAAUUUGCAGGAAAUCCACUGCUUGCCUUCAAGGCCCAACAGUGGAUUGGAACCAGGGAGGGAUACACCCAGUAAACUGAGAAUAUACUCCUACCUUACCAACUUUUUGCCAAAUCAUAUUAAAAACCGAAGAGAAUAAUAAGGUUGCAGUUUAUGGUAAAGGUAAAGGGACCUCUGACCAUUAGGUCCAGUCAUGGAUGACUCUGGGGUUGCGGUGCUCAUCUCACUUUAUUGGCCGAGGGAGCUGGCGUACAGCUUCCGGGUCAUGUGGCCAGUAUGACUAAGCCGCUUCUGGCGAACCAGAGCAGCACAUGGAAACGCCGUUUACCUUCCUGCCAGAGCGGUACCUAUUUAUCUACUUGCACUUUGACGUGCUUUCGAAUUGCUAGGUUGGCAGGAGCUGGGACCGAGCAACGGGAGCUCACCCCGUCACGGGGAUUCGAACCGCUGACCUUCUGAUCGGCAAGCCCUAGGCUCUGUGGUUUAACCCACAGCGCCACCCGUGUCCCAUGUUUAUGGUAAAGUGCCAUAAUUGUAUUAUUUUAGAUGCCUGCUGAAAACGUUUUCGAUGGGCCUAUCCAGACACAUCAUUGGUUACCGGUACAUGUUUUAUUGCGUUUCAUUUUUUAAAAGGAUGUUUUUCACUGUUUUUAAAUACAUUUUUAUUUUAAAUUACAGAUGUGUGUUUGCUACCCUGGGAUCUUUCGGGAGGAAGGGUGGGAUAUAAAUUUGAUAAAUAUAAAUACGGUCUUAGCCAUAGCUGUCCACGCAGCAGGGAAAUGAUCUGUGUAGAAAUGUGCAGUUUUUAACCAGCUGAAAUUAUCUGGAAUAUAAAAAACAACAACUUUUGCUCUCUUUUCUUUCUUUCUUUCUUUCUUUUUGUGUGCGGUUGCCUUCAGCUGGUAGUGUUUGGGUUAAGCAACCAAAUGGUAGUGGAAUUUAAAGAGGAGAACACAGUGGCUUUUAAACAUCUCUUCCUGAAAGGCUACACAGACAGACUGGAUGACACCUAUGCAGUUUAUACGCAGAUGGAUGUCUAUGAUCAGAUCUAUUUUGCAAUAAAUCAGGUAACUUCACUUCCUAUGAGCCAUCUACAAUUUACAAUACAAUAAAUAUAGCAGCUGGGGUUAUUCUACAAGGGUGCCGUUUCCCAUGAAAUUUAAAGCUAGCUUAAAAAACCCAAGCAACUACUCCAUAUUAAAAUCAUUUGUGAGCAUUAAUUGCACAGAAAAUGGGUAGUAGGACAAAUCUGUUGUCUUAAUUUUAUGGUUUUUUUACUGGCCCCGACUAGGUGGAACGCUCUGUCGCAAGAGACUAGGGCCCUGAAGGAUUUGACAUCGUUCCGCAGGGCCUGCAAGACAGAGCUGUUCCGCCUGGCCUUUGGUUUGGACUCAGUCUGACUCUUAUAUUUCCCACCCCUUAUGGUUUUGAUCUAUGGGCUACUAUUAAAACGAGGCUGCAUUUUAAAUUGUAUUUUAACCCAUAUUGUAAUAAAUUGGUCCCCCCCCCAUUAUGUUUUUAUUGUAAUUUUACUGGUGUUAGCCGCCCUGAGCCCAGCUCUGGCCGGGGAGGGCAGGGUAUAAAUAAAAUUUAUUAUUAUUAUUUACACCUUUCUCCCACCUUUUACUUGAAGGAGCUCAAGACUGACAUAGUACAAGGUUCUUUUCAUACAUUACCCUCAAAACAAAAUUGUGAGACAGGCUGGGUUGAGUGGCCCAAGGUCACCUAAGCUUUAUAGAUUAGAGAUUUGAACCUGGGUCUCCCUGCUCCUAGUCCAACACUACACUGACUAUACAGACUUUCUGUACAGACAGAAUCGUACAACAAAAUUAUUCAACACAAAACCUAUUUUCAGGUGCUUCUGCAGGGAAUGGGGAACCUGUCCCCGUGUUCUUGGACUCUAGCUCCCUUCAGCUUCAGCCAGCAGAGCUUAAUGGGCAGGGAUGAUGGGCGUUGGGAGCCCAGCAACAUCUAGAGCGCCACAGGUUCCUCCAUCUCUGUGCUAUUGUCUGAAGAGGGAGACCUUUAGCCCUUCCCCAGAGCUGCAUGACUCAUUCAGCUUUUUGCUUCGUUUUCAGCAAAAUCAUGCAGAGGUGUCUUGCACAUUCCACAGAGAAGUAGGGACCCUCACCUAGUUUGCAUGGUUACAGAGAGUGAGGCCAAAAGAAUGUACCUGCAGUUCUGCCGUACCAGUGUUCACUCCUCAAGUGAUAAUGGCUAAAAAGGACUUGGGUCAGCUGUAUGGUGUAGGGCAGAUAAUGGCUGAUCCGUGGUCCCUGAAAAACAUAUUGCACAAGGCUUCUCAAGUGCUGACAGUCAGAUGAAUGCAUUGCAGAAUGUUUUGCCGCUCAGAGUUUGAUUUCAAACCAUGCAGGCUAAAAAUGGACCACGUGAUGUCAGGUGACUGGCAGGUGUGUGGCCCCACCCACCUGUUAAGCUUAGCUCAUGGAUGGGUGUGUCAAGAUGAAGGAACCCCCUUGCCAGAUUGACCCAGUCCCCCACCCCUGGCUUAGGUGAAGAAGUCUACUUGAGCCCAAAUCUGGGACAUUCACUUGUUUUGAUAGCAGCUUGAAAACCAUUUUCUCACCGCAACAUUUGGGAGCUAAGAUGUGGAACCUGCUUCCGUCCUUGUCUGGCUACCUACCUGUUUGGCAAGGCUAACAAUAUAAGGAUUUCCUUGUAUCCCAUCUUGUUUCCACGUGGCCCAAGAGACUGUACUGCCUGAGGCAGAGUAGUAAAUGCUGCCAAUCUAGGUGCAGAAUACAUAAGGCCAGUCAAGUUAUUUUGGCUCUUAAGGCAACCCCCCCCCCAAAAAAAGCGCUCCUCCUUGUCUCUAGCUGUAAAAAUCCAAGAAUGAUUAAAUACCUAACCAUUUGCUGGCCUUUCAAGAAACCCAAACCAGUUGUCUGUGGUGAUCACUUCAUCCUGCCUAAUGAUAGGGCCGGCUCUGUAGUAAUUCUGCAGGGUCACAGGCAGGCUGUUAUUUGUCUUCAGCAUCUGAGCAUAGUAAUAGCUAAUAGAUAACAUCAUCCUCACAAGCCAAACUUAAUUCCCAAGUCAGAAUUCCAGAAACUCCUUCCCACUGAUAAACUACCAUAGUUCAAGAGCCUGUAGAUACAGUCUCAUUCAAAUUGGUGCAUGCCUUAGUGUGCUUUUUGUGAGGACAAUUGUAGUCACUUGCUGGUUUUCAACUAUUUGGGUUUCUCUUGUGAAACUCCCCGUGAAAAAUCCUUAAAGGGCAAAGAAACUGCUCAUCUUUGUCCUAAUUGCUUGUUCUUCCCUUAUUUAUGGGAAGCAGGCAAACAGAAGCUCAAUAAAAUGCAGAUUCUGAUCUCGACUUUGUCCAUACAAAUUUAACUAAACCCAGUGAAACCAAACAUAGCUCAGAAAACACUAAAUUUAUCUAUGUAGAUUUAAUCAUUUAUCUGGAUGCCCUCAGAUGCUCCCUUGACCUGACAGGAGGAUGACCUAUUUCUGAAAAUCAGAAGAGUUUACAAAAUGAAUAAACACCAAAGACAAGACAAUAGAAAAUGUUAUUUUGUAAUUACAGUUACAAAAACCUAAUGCAGCCAAUAACAUAAAAUGCAUUCAAAGCUGCAUAUUUAAAAUUAAACAUUAAAAGCAUGUUGAAACGAAGGUAUUUUAAAUAAUAUUUCCAGAGAGGUGAUCUGUGCUGGCCUGCUGCAGGAACACCAACAAAGAGUCUUGUGGCACCUCGAUGUUAUUAUGGCAUAAACUUUUGUAGACUUAGACUCCAGUUGAUCACCUAAAAACCAAGAGAGGGGACCAGAAUAUCUCCAAAGGGAGGAUGUUCCACACACAUUUGGAACCACCACUGGGAUGAUCCUGCCUCCAGUAGCUGCUUAUCUGAUAUCGUGCAUCAACAGGAUGGAGAGAGAGUCAUCUGAGCUUUCUCUUGAUUGUCAGGCAGGUUCAUAUGGGUUCAUUAACCAUCUGUCAGUUUUGGGUUAGUAUUUACAGCUGCGUACCAUAUCUGUUGGAAAUCACGCCUACGAGAAGAGAGGAGCCGAAGAGACACCGAUGGCCAUAUGCCAAUACUUCUACAAGCGAGGAACCAUUUGUCCUGGAAAUGACACUUUUGAUAUUGAUCCAGAAAUCGAAACUGGUAAUAUAUAUUUUUAUUACUCAAGUCUUGUGUUUGAGAGAGAGAAAGGAGGGCGGGGGGAGAGGUCAAUUUCCUGUCAUCACUCAUAUGCAAUACCAACUGUUACUCUUGAGGUUUGUACACACACCAUCUCAUUCUAGAAUCUAUGGAGACUUAAGUACUUGGUUUGCUCCCCCACUAUAUAGCCCAAAUACAUAAUCUAGAUCCAUUGUGUUGCUGUUUUCCCCUGGCUUUUAUUUAUUUAUUGAGAAACUGGUGUUCAUUCUGAAAUAAGAGCCCAUUUCACAUUGAUUCAGCAUUACCCCACAUUUGAAAAACAUGUUGGCAGUCCUGACACUGAGGGGCUUAUCCUUAACUGCCCAAUGAAGUUGUGGGUGGCUGUAUACCAAGAUCACAACCACCACUUCCUUCUUCCUUCUCCUGGGGCACGGUGCAGGGAGAAAAGGUUACACGGUGGGUAACUUAAUCAAAGGGAGAGCUUCCCAAUGCAUGUCACAUCAAACAUGCCUACCCUUGUGGACAGCAGGAUCUUCCCAAACCUGGGUUUCCAGCUGCUUUUGGACUACAGUUCCCAUUCAUCCCUGACCACUGGUCUUGCUAGCUAAGGGUGAUGGGAUUUGUAGUCACAAAACAGCUGGGUACCCAAGUUUGAGAAAGACUGAUCUAGACUCUUCUUUGCCUUGUGAGAUGCCGAGUACUUCCCACAAAAUCUGUCUUGUCUUUUCCUCACAGAAUGCUUUUAUGUGGAACCCAUGCUGCCUUUGGAAAACAGGACACUGGGGAAGAAUGUUUUCAACUUCACUCUAGACUUCCAUAGGUGAGGCGGGAGUUCUCAGUUGCUGGUGUGCUCGCAUGUUGUUGUUGGUAAUGGUGAAAUAAAAUCCCCAAACUCUUCUUCUAGACUUGUGACUCUGCAGCUCACGUUCAAACUGAAGGCUAUCAAUCUCCAGACGGUUCGUCAUCACGAACUACCAGAUUGCUAUGAUUUCACACUGACAGUAAGUACAGGCUUCAGGUUCAAAUGUUCCCAUUUGCUGUAGGGCCCCAACCAGCUUUUCCAAAGGGUGGGUUGGAGAAGGGGUGAUGUGAACCCAGGAGCCCAUCAAAGCCUCAAGAAGAUGUGCGAGGCAGAAAGGGCCUAGCAAAUCAUGGGGCUGAAGCUAUCCCUUGCAAGGGGCACCAGAUGCCAAGUCAUGUGGUAAGGAUCAUUUCUGUUAUUUUAACAUCAAUAGUUUGGUUCACCAUUUGCAAAUACUUAUUAAACAAUAUUAAAGCAUAUGGAACACAGGUAAAGUGUAUGGACUUGCGCUCCAGGGAUAUCCAGUUUAUGAAGUAUAAAUUUAUGUUUCUUUUUCCAUUACAACUUGGAUUUUGCCGGUGGAGGAUAUGGAGGAUGAGACAUGGACAAAGUGAUAAUAGCCAAGGGAGAUGUUGAGGAGUUGAGGAGAUGUGAAGAGUACCGAAGCCCCAUUUUCCUUGAGGCAGUUCAGCUAUUUUGACUUCAAAGAUUUCAUCCUUGUGCUAAGGGCAUCCUUGCAGAAGUGCUGAGGGGGGGGGGACCACUUAUAUGUUGGGUCCUGGCAGGCCAACUUGGUGGUGUUGGGCAGCGGCACUCCAGUCAGUGCUAGCCAAUGAGCUGCUAUUUUAAUUCCUCCCACUAUCCCUGAGCUGGGUUUUUGCCAAGGCACUGUGGGAAAUUAAAAUGGUGGCUUCCAAGCCUAGUUGCCUGGUGCCAACUGAAGCACAGAAGAGAUUUUUGAAAAAGACGAUUCUGGGUCAAUCAUCUGUUGUGGGCAUUGCCAGCUGCCCAAGGAUUCUAGGCGCCAACUACAGGCCUGUUUUCAAGAAUAUAAUUUUGGCUGUCAUGGUGCAGCAGUUAUAGCUAAACCAGGAAUAGCCAAGGUGGCACUCUCCAGAUGUGGUUCAUCUCCCAUCAUUUCUGACCAUUAGCCAUGUUAGCUGGGGCCAACAGAAGCUAUAAGCAAACAACAUCUGGCAGACACCAGAUGUUCUUUCUUUUGAGCAAACAAUUGGGAAUCGUAAGAUGUUUCAAUCCGAUGUGUUCUUGCUAGAAGAAUGUUUGUCAGAUCCAGUCUGUCUUAAUGCACGUCAGUGUGAUAUAUGGCUUCAGAGCUUUCUCUCUAAAUAGAUAACUACUUUUUUGUCUCUGACCCCACAGAUAGUCUUUGAUAACAAAGCACACAGUGGAAGAAUCAAAAUUAGCCUAGACAACGAUAUUGCCAUUAAGGAAUGUAAAGACUGGCAUGUUUCUGGAUCACGUAAGUAAAAACCUCAUAUUCAAGGUUUUCUAUGCAUCUAAUGUCCAGGUCUUUAAAAAAAUGCAAAUUCAAUCAGCGCAACAGGUGGGAGAGGAUGAAUUCCACCCUGUAUCAGCUUUGACUGUUUCCUUGAAGGUUUCAUAUUCAUGAGCAUGUUCCCUCAAGUUCGCUGAAAACUUUGACUAGUAGAAUUGCUUGGCCACCCCAAAUUGCACCAUGAUCCAAAUAUUAACGAAAAAUAGAAACCUCAUCUCCAUUGAGGACAAGUCUCCCAAUAGGAAAUAGACUUCUCACUUAGCAUCAUUGCUAAGGGCUACUUUUCAUAUAGCACUUUUUAAAGAUAAGCAGUUUAUGGAUAUUGUUGGUGUUACAUAUUUGAGAAGGAGAAGAAAGGCAUAAAACUAUUUAGCAAGAUGACAUUUAACACUCUCUUAAAAUAAAAAAAACUGUUGCCAUUGGCUUUGGGGCUGAAGUCCAGGACCUCACUCAGUAGUGAUUGCAGAAGGGGCCCCCAAUGCAGGUCUCUCUGGCUUUUAUACGCAAACACACACUCACUGUGUGUGUGUGUGUGUGUGAGAGAGAGAGAGAGAGAGAGAGAGAGAGAGAGACAGACAGAGAGAGAGAGAAUAUAUAUGUACACCUUAUUGAAAAAUGAAAAGUAUAUAAUUACAAGUGCACAGAGUAAGAUAAGACACAAAAAUGAAUAGUACCCAUGUAGAAAACAACAUUUAUGUAUGUGACAACAGCCGCACAGAUGCUACCAACCCAGAGAUGGAAGGCAGAAAGAGUCCCUGCCAGAGAGGAAUGGCAAACUAAGCUGAUGGACUACGCUGAAAUGGCAAAGCUGACUGGAAAGCUCAGGAACCAAGAGGACAAAAACUUUAUAAAAGAAUGGGGAAAAUUUAUAACUUACUUAGGAGACCACUGUAAGCCAAUGAAAACAUUAGCAGGAUUUUAAUAUCACUUGUAAUGUAACAGGUAUUAUGGAUAAUAUGAAUACAAAAUAUAGAUUAGGAAAUAAUAUGUAGGUGAAAAUGUUCACAUGGAAGGGUUGGGGGUGGUCACAAGAGUCAGAGAAAUCUCUUUAAAUGGAUAUGUAUUUGGAAUUGUUAUAAACUUUUUUUGUUUCAAAAGAAAAGAAAAGAACAAAAAAUGAAAAGGAAAUUGUAUACAUUACAAAAAUAAAAUAAAAUGAAACGUUAUUGUGGUUAAGUUAUUAGCCCUUAGCCUAAUAUGGUAAUUAUAAAAAUGAAUUCCAAAUAUUGCUAUAUCCUUCCAUGGCCAGUCUAUGUUUGUAAGAUACUACUCUGACCUACACAAACGUACUGGUGUGAAUGAGAAUGGGGUGGAGGAGGGAAUGACUAUUACCUACAAGUUUGUUAGGGUUUCCCCCUCUUUCUCUUCCAGUACAGAAGAACACACACUACAUGAUGAUCUUUGACGCCUUUGUCAUAUUGACAUGCCUAGCAUCCCUGGUUCUCUGCACACGAUCUGUGAUUAAAGGAGUACGUCUGCAGAGGGUGAGUUUAGGGUUUGCCGGACGGCACUUUCCAGUGUAUUGUCGUUUGCAGCUUCUCAUAUAAUACAAUUCCUCCCCUUUUUUCUCUAUGUCUGUGUCCCCUCUCUCAGGAAUUUGUAUCUUUCUUCCAACAACACUAUAAGAAAGAAGUCUCUUUCACGGAUCAGAUGGAAUUUGUGAAUGGCUGGUAUAUCAUGAUCAUAGUUAGUGAUGUUCUAACCCUAAUUGGUUCUACGCUGAAGAUGGAGAUACAGGCUAAGGUAGGUAGCAGGCUUGUAUGCUGAACAGGAAACAAAUGUUUCCUCUGCUCUUCAACUGGCCUUUAAUAUCUUGGCAUCCUAGGUUAACAGCAAUCCUAUACAUGUCAGUUCAGAAAUAAGUCUUAAGUUCAAUGGGGCGCACUCCCAGCUUUGUAGGUCUAGGGAUUGCCGCCUAAAUAUCUUUUGCCUGCUUUUCUCCCCAUUCAUGUUGUGAUGAUAAGAAGAUGCUGCUGGACAGGACAAUGGCCCAUCAAGACCAGCAUCCUGUUCUUACAUUGAGGCUGACCAGAUUCUAGUAAAUGGUAUUCAGAAGCAUUGCUGCUUCCAUAACUGUGGAGGCAGACGUCAUAGCUGCUAGCCAGAUAGCCCUCUCCUCCAUUAAUUUGUCUAAUCCACUUUUAAAGCCAUCCAAUCUGGAGGCCAUCGCUGGCUCCUCUAGGAGCGAGUUCCAUAGUUUAAGGUAUGAAGUGGGAGCCGGAAGCAUCUCUGGGCACGUGGAGGAAUAUCGUCAGUUGUGCAUGCAUAUUAAAUAAAUGUUCUAAUACACACCACUUUCCAAAUACUAAUUUCAUCUAAAACAGGGUUUCCCAAAUUUGGGUCUCCAGCUGUUUUUGGACUACAGUUCCCAUCAUCCCUGACCACUGGUCCUGCUUGCUAGGGAUGAUGGGAGUUGUAGUCCAAAAAACAGCUGAGGAACCCUGAUCUAGAAGCAGCUCUACUCAUCUCUCCGGUGCACCUUGAGUCUCUGGAGGCUCCUUGUUCAGCUGGGUCAUAGUGACACCCCUCAGAAAAAGAAUGGCCUUACCUGUCUGCUAUUGCUGCAAAAGUAGUUGAUGUUUUCCCCUGAUUUUUGUCUGGCAGAUCUGGGGUGCCUCCUGUCUUAAAGGGAAUAGAGAGGGUUUUAUCUAGGACAGCUUGUAAAAAAUGCAGUCCACAUAUCUUAUCAAAUGCUACCUCUCACCAAGACAGGUGUUUGAUAAGGAGGCAGGUUGUGAUCCAGAUCUACCUUGCUCCCAUCCUCCCAAUCACCACCAUAAUGCUACUAAGAUUCAAUGCUAUUAUACCUAAUCUGGGCAGUUAUACUAAACAGCUAAUAACGUUCCAAAAUUCUGUUUCGUACAGAGUCUAACCAGCUACGAUGUCUGCAGCAUCCUCUUGGGAACCUCCACCAUGCUCGUCUGGCUUGGAGUGAUUCGCUACCUAGGCUUCUUUCAGAAGUACAAUGUAAGGAUUACCUAGGACCUCCAUGCUGUUGGUAUUUAUUUUGUUUCCUGUUGCUAUCUAGCUGUACUGAAUGCAGGGCUGAAGUCUGAUUGGCAAUACUGGAUUGUUUUGCUUUUUGUUUUGUUUUCUGCAGCUGCUUAUUUUGACACUACGUGCGGCUUUGCCCAACGUCAUCCGAUUUUGCUGUUGUGCUGCUAUGAUUUAUCUGGGCUAUUGUUUCUGCGGCUGGAUUGUGCUGGGCCCAUAUCACGUCAAGGUAUUGCAAUCUAGGGGUUUUUGUUUGUUCGUUUAAGCCUUGCAUAUAAAUUUAUUUAGCUCCUUCUGCCCCAUAAAAAACCAUACCUACUGAGGGAGAUGAAAAAGUCACUCGUGGAUUUUAUUUAGGGCAGCGUGCCCCAAACACAGAGUAGUUUCCAAAGCUGUCUGUGCAGAAGAAGAAUCCCAUUCAGCUUGUGUAACAAGAUUUCACUGUCCUCUCCUCUCCCCUGCAGCCUUGUGUGCAGCCUCAGAAUCUGCUGCGAAGAGUUGGAGGACUCUCUGUAACAUAUUUUGGAGGCACACCAGAAAAGGAGAGGAGUUCUGUUGCACAAGUGGCAGUCUGCACAAAAUUAGAUUAUGCCCAUAACACCCAGUUUACCUCUGAUUGGGACUCCAAUUUUGCCUGUCCAUUCCUAUGUAUGGCCCUGUAUACGGAGAUAGUAUUAAAGUACUGUCCAAAUGAUCUACUAUAGUGGUGCCCCGGUUAAGAACUUAAUUCGUUCUGAGGUCCGUUCUUAACCUGAAACUGUUCUUAACCUGAGGUACCACUUUAGCUAAUGGAACCUCCUGCUGACGCCGCUGCGCAAUUUCUCUUCUCAUCCUGAAGUGAAGUUCUUAACCAGAGGUACUAUUUCUGGGUUAGCAGAGUCUGUAACCUGAAGUGUCUGUAACCAGAAGCGUCUGUAACCCGAGGUACCACUGUAUUUACUGUACACUAUGUGUGGCAGGGACCCGCACAUCCCCAAUAAGGUAUAUAACAUGUUUGUUUGAAAUUGCUUCACUAAUCUGUCAAAAACAAACACCUAUCUUUUUUUGUUUUGUUCUGGUUCCUCUCUUCCAGUUCCGUUCCUUGAACAUGGUUUCCGAAUGUCUCUUUUCGUUGAUAAACGGAGACGAUAUGUUUGCUACUUUUGCAAAGAUGCAGCAGAAAAGCUACUUGGUUUGGCUGUUUAGUCGGAUCUACCUCUACUCUUUCAUUAGCCUUUUUAUCUACAUGGUUCUGAGUCUCUUCAUUGCCCUCAUUACAGACACCUAUGAAACAGUUAAGGUAUGUGUGAACCUUUCCAGAGUGAUGCAUGCUUCAGUUACCUCCCUCUUGGACUACUACAAUGCGCUCUAUGUGGGGCUACCUUUGAAGGUGACCCGGAAACUACAAUUAAUCUAGAAUGUAGCAGCUAGACUGGUGACGGGGAGCGGCCAUAUAACACCAGUCCUGAAAGGCCUACAUUGGCUCCCAGUAGGUUUCCGAGCACAAUUCAAAGUGUUGGUACUGACCUUUAAAGCCCUAAACGGCCUCAGCCCAGUGUACUUGAAGGAGCAUCUCCACCCCCAUCGUUCUGCCCGGACGCUGAGGUCCAGCUUCAAGGGCCUUCUGGCAGUUCCCUCACUGGGAGAAGUGAAGCUACAGGGAACCAGGCAAAGGGCCUUCUCGGUAGUAAUGCCAACCCUGUGGAAUGCCCUCCCACCAGAUGUCAGGGAAAUAAACAACUAUCUGACUUUUAGAAGACAUCUGAAGGCAGCCCUGUUUCGGGAAGUUUUUAAUGUUUGAUGUUUUAUCAUGUUUUUAAUAUUCUGUUGGGAGCCACCCAGAGUGGCUGGGGAAACCCAGUCAGAUGGCUGGGGUAUAAAUAAAAUUUUAUUUUUUAUUAUUAUUAUUAUUAUUAUUAUUAUUAUUAUUAUUAUUUCCUUGUAGGGAACUAAUGUUAAUGUUUUUCUCCCACUCCCCAGUUAUUAAGAAACUUCUCCCUUAAUUGGAUUGGGGUGCACUGCUAUAGAGGGGGCCAGCCCUGGGGACAACUGCUGCAGUCUGGCUGCUUGAGCCAAGACAUCUUGUUUCAGCAAAAAUAUUGCAGCUGGUCUCUUGUGGAAGGAAGGAGCCCCAUUCUUUUCCUCUAUAGGCUCUAGGUUUGAAGGGAAGUAGAUGGCAGGUGAAGGGACACGGGUGGUGCUGUGGGUUAAACCACAGAGCCUAGGGCUUGCCGAUCAGAAGGUCGGUGGUUCGAAUCCCUGCGACACGGUGAGCUCCCGUUGCUCGGUCCCUGCUCCUGCCAACCUAGCAGUUCGAAGGCACAUCAAAGUGCAAGUAGAUAAAUAGGUACCGCUCUGGCAGGAAGGUAAAUGGUGUUUCGGUGCACUGCUCUGGUUUGCCAGAAGUGGCUUAGUCAUGCUGGUCACAUGACCCGGAAGCUGUACGCCGGCUCCCUCGGCCAAUAAAGCGAGAUGAGCGCUGCAACCCCAGAGUCGUCCGUGACUGGACCUAAUGGUCAGGGGUCCCUUUACCUUUACCUUAGAUGGAUGCCACCUGCUUCACUUCAGACUCCUCCAACUCUUUAUCAGCUGAGAAUUUUUAUUUCUUUUCUUUAUUAAUUAAACUUGCCAUUUAAAAAUGUAAAUACUUAAAUACAAAUCCUCAUCUGCUAGUGUUGGAGUUGAGAAAGAAAAAGAGAAGCCGUAGAAGAAAACACCAACUCACAUAAAGCAGUCAAGGGCCACAAAAUAAAUCAGCCUCAGAUUAAACAUAUGUUUCUAUAUAUGCCAUCCAAACAUCCCAAUAGAUAUCCAAAUGAAUUCAAUGUUUAUAGGGAAUACAUUCCAAUGCAACAAUUGCAGUGAGGUACUUGGAGAAUUGCAUAGUAGAUCUUGGGUUUCCCAAACACUUGAAGUCUUAAGUCCCAGCAACCAGAAGGUUUUUCUAAAUACACUUUUGUUGUCCUGCUGUUGGUUCCCAUACCACGGGAAUAUAAUUUAAAAGUACGUGGACAUUGCAAAUAUCUAGGAUUUCUCCAGGACAAAAUUAAUGCCAACAGUAACUUCAGACCCAAAGGAAACUAUCGCUGGACACACCUGCAUCAUAUGCAGUGCAUUUUCAGCAUUAUAUCUCCAGCAUCUAUCUGCACCAGACAUUGCCUCCCUAUAAAGAAAGACCUUGGAGUCUGCAGCUGAGAAUUAGUACCAGCAGAUUUUUUUAGGCAAGCAUCAAGGCACUGUGCAUGUGCUGCCCUAAUCUCUAGCCUGUUUUUGGAGUUUUGUGGGGAGGUGGGAAAGCAUUUGCAAGAAUAUGAUUUUCCUUCAUACUUUGAAGAUUCGUCUCCCAUGGAUUUGAAGAAAGUGCAUUUUGCAUGUUUACAUGACAGGUAUAUAAAAAUAUUUUAUAAUAAAAUAAACCACUUUAUCCUUCUCCCCUAGCCCAAUUUUUCUACCCAGCAAGUCCACCCACAGCACUCCAACCCCCCCUUUUUAAAAACAACAGGUGAAAUGGUAUGCUGAAUAACAAUUAAAAUUACGUCUCUCCAUUGAUUUGCGUACAGUGGUUUGUUUGAGAUUCCGUGCAUUGAUGCUAACAACACCACUUUUUUAAAAAAGCACUACCAGCAAGAAGGCUUUCCAGAGACAGAGCUCCGUGCAUUCGUAGCACAGUGCAAAGAUCUACCAAACUCGGGGAGGUACAGGUUAGAAGACGAAGGCCCUGUAACAAUCUUCUGCUGCUGUAAAAGGUUAGUAACUAAAUGCAAACCCAUAUGGAGAGUUGUUUCAAGAAAGUAUCACUGCUAGCUUGUGCUCUCUGCUCCACCCCGAUUAUGCAAAACUGAACUGGUUGCCACAGUUUCCAAUUUGGCAGUUGCCAGAUUACGGAACUGAAGUUUAUACAGGCAACUCCCCACUUACGUUCCGGGCCCCCACACACAUAAAUGAACCUGCGUGAAGUGGGGAAGCACCCUCUAAAAGCCCUCCCUGCUGCUCUCUCUUCAAUCCACAACAAAAAAAUACCGUAUCCAAAAAUAUCCACAACUAGAAUUAAAGCUCAGGAGGCUGGGGGGCAUGCAGGAAAACAGCUUCUGCUGCUGCACUUCCCUGCACGCCAGCUGCUAGUUGGGGAGGCUAAGCAGCAUAAACAAAGCCCCACUGUCUUUUCAUAAGCUUCCUCCACCCACACUGAUGUACUCUUUGGGCUCUGGGGAGGGUGUCUCUGCGAGCCACAAGGACUCUCACACUCUCUCCUACCAUUUCUGGGUAUGAAUUGAAUUAUUUCCCGGUGCCACGUGUAUGCGUGGUCAUGCACAACAUAUGGAGGUGGGGGGGGGGGAGUGCCUGUAUUACUCUAUACUCCAAAAUAAGCAUUGAGCCACCCUGUAUUAUACACCUUCUGCAAGAUGCACUUAGUUCUCCUUGAAUACAAACUACUGCAGGCAUAGGCAAACUCAGCCCUCCAGAUGUUUGGGGACUACAGCUCCCAUCAUCCCUGACCACUGAGUCCUGUUAGCUAGGGAUGAUGGGAGUUGUAGUCCCCCAACAUCAGGCCUAUGCCUGAACUAUUGCAUUUGCCUGUUAUGCUAUUAAAUGUGAUACCCCCUCCAGGGCAGAUUUAGUGUAGCUAUAAGGGCCUGGGGAUUUAAAAACCAUCCAGAAAUGUGCUUUGGGCAGCUCCAAACGACACCAGGUUUAGCUAGAAAUGCAUAACAUAUGCUCCAUAGUCAUUUAUACCUAUAUUCACACAGAUUUGCAUUGAAGCAGCAUAUCUGAGAGUAGCAAAAAAUUAACCAUUGGGCAGGAUAGGAUUCUUGGGUAUCUGGAAAGCGAAAGUCUCCCACUUGCAUCAGUGUAUGCAGGCCCAGAAUGAGGUACGGGGGUGUGAAUGGGGAAAUGUGCCCUGAGUGGCAGGUUGCCCUCCCCCGGUGCUGGUCAAUAGUUCAAGGAUGUUGAGAGUUGCAGCGCAACAACAUUUUGCUCCUCACCCCCAUGUCAAAGGCAACUGGGGCUGCCAACAAACAGAGCAGCAAAUCGCCCUGUCUGCUUCAUGUUCUUUGAAUAUCUCUGGGCCUGUGUGGGGCCAAGAGGCAUCCAGGGGGAAACAAAUUGGAAAGGGUGUGCCACUGGAAAUCUGAGCUUUCCAGCAAGGUAGCCUGAGGUAAAUUUUUAAAAAUCCAAAAAUUGGGAUUGGCAGGUAUCAAAAGAAAGGAGUGGAGGGUACCACAUUGAUGACCCCAAACUUAAGGCAUGUUCAUGAGGGAUCCAGACGAUGCAUUAAGAAGAAACAUGUUGUGGGAAGGGUUUUAAUGCAGGGCCAUAACAAUGGGCCACAGCAUGUAUCACUGCACUCUUUUGGCAGGAACUAGAAAUGUGAUCUUGCCCGUAAAAUGCAGUACACAUAAUGUCUUUCGCACAAAACAAGAAGUAUUUCUUCAUGAAACCAAAUGAUACGGUGUUUUGAGCACACCAAGCUCAGCCGAAACUGCUUAUAUGCACAAUCAAUUCAAUUAUCAGACAUGCAGUACAACCCUACAGCAAGUUUACUUAGAAAUAAAUAUUGAGUUCACUGAGACUUUACUUCCAGGUAACUAUGCUAUAGUUUUAGUUGUUCCAUUAGUUGUGUUCCAAGGAACUAAUCUUGAUUCCUCCCCCCCCCCUUUAAGGUCUUAAUGAGGAUAGCAAGAAUUCUUGAAUAUAUUCGGAGAUUCCUGGACGGCGCUCUCAUUACAGAUACUUAACUGAACCAUCAAAGAGAAAAUUCCUGUACACAAGGCACAAAACACCCACGAAGGUCCUUGCAAGAUUAGCUAACUUUAAUUACUUCCUAGUGCAUUCAUUAGAACUUCAGCAAAAAUCAAAGCAGAAUUGCCUGGGUUUAGAAGCAUUGUUGAAUAUAGGUAUAUUACUAUCAUAGUCCUACAGGCACCAUGUGUGAAUACUGUCCACUAAUGAUUAAGGACACUAGGUGUUUUUCAAAACUGCUUUGUUUGUUUUAGUUCUGUGUACACAUCUGCAUUACAAGUUGAGGCAGUGGCCUUCUUGAUGCUGCCAACGGGUCAGGGCCAAAGUGAGGGUGCAGAGACUAUCAAAACUUGUAAAAACCUAAUGGGCUUCAGGAGGGCCUUUUCAGAGGGAACUCACAGGAACUCAGUUCCAGCACGUCUCAGGUGGGUGCUGUUGCCAUUCUGAGAAUGAGGGAGGUGUUCAUGGUGAGUUCUGGCACCUCUUUUUCUAGAAAAGUAGCACUGGGCUUCAAUCUGAUAAAACCCCACUUUGAAAAGUACCCAACAUUUAGAUGUAGCUUAGUGUCUUAGUGCAUUAAACUAGAAGUUGUUUGGAUGAGUUGAAUGGAAAGACUCUAGACCAGAGCUAGCCACCAUGGUGAUCUCUGGAUGAACUAGACCUCCAACCAUCCCCGGCCCAUGUUUGCUGCCAUCCCUGGCUUCGCUUGCUGGGGCUGAUGAGAGGGCGACAUAUUGGCAUUUCCUGCCCCAGACAAAGAAGCAUAAUUAAAUAAGAAAGAAAAUAUAUUUAGAAGAAUUAAGAGUUUACAUGGUAUUAAAAGUGAAAAAAUCAUGCUAAAAAUAUAACUGCAAAGCACAAGAAUUACAAUUCAAUGUUUCUCUGCACUUGGUCUAUGGCAGUGUGUGACCCAGCAGGUCUGUGCAUGUGUGUGUGUGUGUGUGUGCAGAAAAUAGUUCUAUAUUUAACACAUCUGCAAAUUUGGUGUCUCAAGCAUGUGCUGUUUCAGACAACAGAGCAGAAAAAACUGCUCCACGAUGGACAGCCUGGGUAUUAUCCAGCCUAUAGAAAGUUCUGUGUUAGGUACAGAAAAGCUCUCCCCUUUAAAUCUUCUAAUAUCAGUGGAAACUGCUGUAGUCUUUGGCUAGACAGAAGAGAUUAAACCAAUGACAGUGAGAACUAGCAAACUGGGUUGGCAAGGCAGAGUAUUAUACACUCCACCAGAAAUCAUGCAGAUAGAAUUUGCCUCCUUUUAUGGCAGGCCUGGAGAACAUGUGGCCCUCCAGUUAUAGUCCUGCAACAUCUGGAGGGCUACAGGUCCCCAGUCUCUGCUGGUAGAUACCCCACCUGAAGGGUCCCACUCACAGGAAGGAGACAGUUCCGCUCAAACACUCAAAUGAAUUGAUAGCACUUAGCAGGAACAGUAGCUGGAAAAUGGGAUUUCCAUCCUUCUGAAAAAGGAGUUUUAUCAGCUUAGUUGAUGAAACCACAUAAAAAUCUUUCUAAUUUGCUACACGCAUGUUCAGGUUUCUUCAAUGUGGUAUAAACAAAGUCUUAGUGGCUGGUGUUCUCUGCCAUUAUUUUGAUUUAAGUGGACAAAGAGUCCAGGAUAGACACUCGCUGGAAAGAAGGAGGGACAUUCCUGUGUUUCACAUCCAUUAACACGAAACAAGGUGGUCAGAGAUGUGAACACUAAGUAAUGGAAAUCCCUAACACAUUCCAUUGCAAAUGUAGUGUAAUUUUUCAAGCCUUUAUAAUUAAACAAGUGCAGACUAUUUGCAAUAACAUAAGAGUGGGCAAGCACAUAGAACUACUCUAAAUAUAGCUCUUAAAACAAUUCUGCAACUUGUGUUAGAUGUUAGAACUGCUAAACACUGGUCCGAAACCUUUAUGUGGAACCCGACUUUUAUAGAUGCCUUAUUUGCUAAAUUGUAUUUACUGGGAAAGCAAAUGUGAAAAAAUAAAGGAAAUCUAUUUUUAGACUUUUAAAUAUUUCAGAUGUAAAAGCAACAAUCAUGACAGAGUACUACUGAAUGAGCAGAAAGACUUUUUAUGUACUGUGUACAAACUUUGGAAAACAUUAUGUGUUGUUUGUUCACAUUUUAUAGGAUGCUAUGGUUAAGUAUUUAACUUGAACGUUAAUUAAUAUUGACACUGAGAAUAAAUUUUUGUUCAACCUGCA